UGAGAAAGACGCCCUCUUUACAAACCCAAGGUUGCGCUGCUGCUGUAGGCUUGUGUCUCUGUUGUGUUUGUAGCCUAUUUUCUCUAGACUUGUCUGAAUAAGGAAAUGUAAUUGGAAUCCAGCACCACCGAGGGUGAGAAGUGACUCGCUCUACAACGUAGACUACUGUAAUUUACUCCGUAAAUAAAAGUAGCUAUAAACGCACGUAUGAAUGCUUUGAUUUACCUGGACUAUUUCGGAAAGACCAAGGAAGGUGAUAGCCAACAUUUACGCACGGAUUGGGUAUUCUGAUUUUUAACCAUGGGGAAAAGAGCCGCGCUGGCGACUUACGAUAAAGAGUUCAGCUUUGUCAGCCCAGUUGUCAAAUAUCUACUUUUCCUUUUUAACUUAAUAUUUUGGAACAAGAUAGCGAUGUCUUGUAUCAGGGUCCAGAGUCACAUCCACUGCCCAUUGCUGGACCUUCUUCAUCUCAGCAUCACACAACUUCUCCAUCUCCUUGGUAACGGUAUCCUCCACCUGAGACACAGCUCUCCUUAAGUUCCCCACACACAGAUCACAGUAAACACUGAUCUUAGUCCAGUCCCUGGUGUUCAUGGGGUGCACAGGGAUGGGAAGCUCUGGACUAGAUGAAGGUCCUCAGUGUGUGAAAUCUGCUCUAGCUCAGUGCUUCUCCUCUUUAACUCAGUGAUUUCCUGCUCCAGCUUUUUAAUGAGCCCUUCAGCCUGCCUCUCUGCUGAUUUCUGCUUCUUCUCAAUCACCCCAAUGAGCUCAGCCUGGCUUCUUUCAAUGAACUCCACCAGAGCAGUGAAGACCUGCACAUCUGCUAUUUCUCGAUUUGCGUCGUUCUUGCUGGCCUCCACAGAGCGUUUUGAUAUCACUGAUCUUCUGCAGUCGCUCCCGGCUCAUUUGCUGCACUUGUGACUCCGUCUUCCCCAGCUGAGCCUUCCUCUCCCCAAACUCUUCCUCAAGAGGGACGGUGUGCUGAGUCUUAUGGUUCUCCGCAGGGUUGAUCAGUUUGUGUCUCUUCAGUGCUGGGGCUAUCUGAUGAGGCUGCAGAUGAUCUCAUUGGUGUUGAUGUCUGUUGGUAUUUACGCCAUGAAACAUGCCGAGGCAGCCAUGGCCUGUCUAGCGGUGGACCCUGCCAUCCUGCUGCUGAUCGUGGGGGUGCUCAUGUUCUUCAUCACCUUCUGUGGCUGUGUGGGCUCCCUCAGAGAGAACAUCUGCCUCCUACAGACAUUCUGCAUCUUCCUGACUAUCAUCUUUCUGCUGCAGCUAGCUACAGGUGUCCUGGGCUUCGUCUUCUCAGAUAAGGCACGGAAUAAAGUGAGUGAGAUUAUCAACAAUGCCAUCGUUCAUUAUAGGGAUGACAUUGACCUCCAGAACCUCAUCGACUUUGGUCAGAAAGAGUUCAGCUGUUGUGGAGGUGUCACCUACACCGACUGGUCUCAGAACAUGUACUUCAACUGCACCACAGACAACCGCAGCCGAGAGCGCUGCUCUGUUCCCUUCUCCUGCUGCCUGCUGUCUAAAGAUGAGGCGGUCAUUAAUACAAUGUGUGGUCAGGGGAUACAGGAGCUGCCAUAUCUACAGGCUGGUGCCUUCAUCCACACAAAUGGCUGCAUCGACAAGCUGGUCAACUGGAUCCACAGCAACCUGUUCAUGCUAGGGGGCAUCGCCCUGGGUCUGGCCAUCCCACAGCUGGUGGGGAUCCUCUUGUCUCAGAUUCUGAUCAACCAGAUAAAGGACCAGAUUGAGCUUCAGAACUACAACCUGCAGCACCGUACUGACCCUUGGCAGUAACCUGGUCAUGAUCAGGUCCUACCCGAUCAAACUGGACCAGGACUAGGUCAUCAACCCCAGGGUCACCCAGGGGGUGUGGGAGUCUGGAAUUCUACCCCCUUCUGCUGGAUGGGGCUCAAGCUUUCAUGUAGAUGGUGUUCAUUUUCAAGGCUGCUUGAUCAUUUCAAUGGUGCAAGGACUGGCUUUGAGGCCAAAGAUUCUGGUUGGAUGCUCCACCAUUUGACAAGAGUCGAGGUGGUCUGCUCUCUUUCUGCGUUCUUGACUCUCUUGCGUGUCUUUUUGUUCAGUAUAUAAUCUAACCAACUGAGCUACCAGAACCAAUGGUUUAUUUCCUGAAUGGGUUGAUGUAGGUGAGGGACCAGACCCAUGUGAAAUGGCUGAGAAACCAAGGUUCCGAAAAGGUCUAGAUGCCUGGACAGUGUGUCAAUGUGUGCUUGUUUCGUUUUAGCUCACCCAGUAUCCUGGAUGGGUGGAGUUUUCACUUUAUGACCAAUGGAAUGGUCAAUGUUGAAACUCUGCCCACCCUGUGCCCCAGGGGAGCUAAAAUGAAUGCAUCUAAUCAGGAAGUACUCCAGCCAGACAGCCAAUGGAGAACUCCUCCAUUCACAGCUAUUCGUCAUUUGACUCAUCUCAAAUAUGGCACGAUCUGUAAUUUAUUGAAAAGGGAAAAAACCCAGCAACCGGAGUCCAAACCCUGCUGAAAUAAUGUAGACUCUGUCCAGUUACUUUUUUGUCAAUGUGGUUUACGACAUUGAUCUGUUAUUUAUAUCCAUCCAGUUAUCCGCUAAUACUCUCAUAGAGUUGAGAACAAGACAAUUCUGUCGGCCCUUCUCAAAUAUGAAAGCGCAAACCCAAGUAAUGUAAUAAAGCUCAUUAGCUUUACAGUCAAUUUAGCUUGUGUGUAUGUUAAAUCUCCCAACUGUAGUUUGCCAUGCAUGCUAUAACAAGUUUUAUAAACUGGGUUGUUUGAUCCCUGAAGCCUUUCUUUUUACUGCGCCAUUUAUGUUGGUAACCAGUUUGUAAUAGCAAUAAGGCACCUUGGGGGUUUGUGGUAUAUGGCCAAUAUACCAUGGCUAAGGGCUGUAUCCAGGCACUCAGCGUUGCGUCUUGCAUAAGAACAGCCCUUAGCCGUGGUAUAUUGCCGAUAUACCACACCCCCCCAAGCCUUAUUGCUUAAAUAAAUCAUUGCACCUACAGCCUUUACAGUAAAGUGUUACCCAAUUGAUUUCUACACAUUUUAAGGGAUAUUCUCAUUUCGUUUUACAUCAAAUCCAUUCACACAGAGUAAAUUGUUGUCCCCCCUUUGCCUCCAGAACAGCCUGAAUUCUUCAGGGCAUAGAUUCUACAAGGUGUGGCGUUCAAACGUUGCUCUAUUGGUAUCAAGGGACUUCAUGUCUUCACCAGGCAGGAUGGAGCCAUGGACUCAUGCUGCUUACGCCAAAUCCUGACUCGUUGGACCAGACAAUGUUUUUCCACUCCUCAGUUGUCCAGUGUUGGUGAUGGCGUGCCCACUGGAGCCGCUUCUUCUUGUUUUUAGCUGAUAGGAGUGGAACCUGGUGUGGUCAUCUGCUGCAAAUAGCCCAUCCGUGACAAGGACCGACGAGUUGUGCGUUUCGAGAUGCCGCCUGUUAGCUUGCACGAGUUUUGUUUGUCUCACCAUUCUCGGUAAACCCUAGACAAGCCCAGGAGACCGUCUGUUUCUGAGAUCCUGGAACCGGCACACCUGGCAUCGACGAUCAUACCACGCUCAAAGUCACUUAGGUGACUCGUUUUGCCCAUUCUAACAUUCAAUCAACAAUAACUGAAUGCCUAUCUGCAUGCUUUAUAGAGCAAGCCAUUGACAGGUGACUCACUGUCUGUAGGAGCGACCCAUUUUCGUGAACGGGGUGGUUAACCUAAUAAUCUGGCCACUAAGUGUAUAUUUCAAGCUAAAUUGACUGUAAAUACAUUCCUUUCAAUAAAGCAUAUCUUUUGUAUAUGAAGCAUUGUGGGUAUCCAUACAGACCAAUAAUGUAAUUGUAGUUUAUUACUCACUGAGCUACUAGGGGCUUUCCCCAUUUGAAAGCGCAACAGAAAGGCCUGAUUUUAUAAUAAACAGUCUUAUUUUCCGUAACGCCUUUUACACAAGCACUGGUGUUUAGAUUGGCAAGCGCUGCAACGCUGGAGUUUACACUAAUGCUGUGACUCUCCAUAACAUAACCAUGUUGGGCCGUCAGCUAAACCUGUUGGCAUUUCCCCUCACAGGGGUUGUGUUCCUUAGAGCACGCGACGGAAAAUGAAAUUGAGCGCUUCUUAUGGGACAAGUCCUGUUUUAGUCCGUUUUGUUCCUAAUGAACAUGACCCAGUUAGGUCCACUGGGAAUAGCAGUUUUUUUCUCAAUGUGGGUCAACAUACUGUUACUGGUCAAGACUACUGAUUAGCUCUGUAUUUAAACGGUACAGGUGGGUGUGGAAUUCAUUCUAGUAACUGACCCAUGUAAAAUCCUAAGAAUUAACAUUAAAAAACACUUUUACAUGUCAAAAUUAGUUCCACAAUUCCCCUUAGGUACAGAGAGUAUUUACUUUGACUCUACGUGGUAAAAUGGUAAUUACUCUCUUAUGUAAAGACAAUAUCUUGUGAAUUCUUUAUUUGUUUCUUUGGGAAUCAUCACAACAAGCACUCCAAUCCAUGUAUCAGCUAGUUGGUUACCAAUUGUGUUGAAUUCAUGUAAUUAGUGCCAGAAACUACCCAAUGACACCAUUUCUAAUUGUCCUAAUAAACGCCAGGUAAAUACCAGUGGAAACGGUGGUCUAAAAUGAAGUGUUACUGUAUAUUUAAGAGUCUCAUGACAUUCUUUCCCUGUAUUGUACUCCCAGAUGGCUUGUUGUGACCUGUCAGUGGGUGGGCGAUGAGGACAUAGGGGUUGAGGUAGCGUGAGAGAAAAUGACACAUGGAUAUAGGCAUAAAUGGCUACUGACCUCCAACCUCAAUGUGUCUAUAAGCUCCAGUAGGACCACUGUGACAACAGGUUACACAACUGUAUGUUCUGUUACUGCUGUAGUAUCAUGUGAAAGCAUGUCUGUGUACGCUAUCCACACAGACUACAUGUGUGUUCUAUAGUCAAUCAGUUUAACACAUGUAUGUUGUUUUAUUGUCUAAACUGCAGUUUCACAGAUUGUACCAGCCAGUGUUGCAAUACUUAACACAAGUGUAGUAUGGUCUUGUACUGCCCACAAUACAACAUGUUGAAAUAGAAAUGCAGGGGAAAUUA